UGCGCGUGCGAUCAUCCGCCGCUCUGCCCUCGUCCUGCACGCUCCCCGUUCGUCUCCUCCCUCGCCGCGGGCGUGCGUGCGCUGGCAGAGCGUGUGCGCGGCGAGGGCAGAACGAUCCUCCCGUGUGAACCCACCCAGCAGCACCGGCGGCUGCUUACGGGUUAUCACCCCGCGCUGGACCCAUUCUCUGUCAAACCCAAAGUCACCCCAGCCACCCACCGCUCGCCCUGCAAACGGAGAUGUGGUCCGCCGCCGUUGACGCCAUCGCAGGCGCGUACCGGUACAUAAGCUCGCGCCUCGCCACCUGCGCAGCACGCCCGACCCGCCAUCCCCGCAACAUGUCCACUGCUGCCCACCAGAACGGCGACCUCGCCCCGUACGACCACGCCGCCGAGGGCCGCUUCACCGUCGCGCCCAACCCCGGAUGGACGUUCGGCCAGCCCGUCACCGCGACCCCCAAGGGCAAGGCCUGGAUGGAGGGCGCGAAGGAGGGCUUCAAGGUCUUCGAGACUGACAAGGAAGAUCCCGGCUUCAUGUACAAGCUGAUGAUCAGCGGUGUCGUCCCGCGCCCCGUCGCGUUCGUGUCCAGCGUAUCCGCAGACGGCGUCGAGAACCUGGCACCGUUCAGCUGGUUCAACAUGGUCACCGGCGACCCGCCCCUCGUGGCCGUCGGCGUCCUCCACCACCCCGACGAGUCCCGCAAGCUGAAGGACACCGCCGCGAACAUCCUCGCGACCAAGGGCUUCGUCGUCAACCUCAUCAGCGAGCCCUUCGUGCACAACGCGAACGCCUGCAGCUUCGACGCGCCCCCCGACGUCAGCGAGUGGGACCUCAGCGGCCUCACCCGCGCCCCAUCCCUCCACGUCCCCGCCCCGCGCGUGCUCGAGUCCGCCUUCGCCCUCGAGUGCACGCUCUACUCCACCCAGGACAUCACGAACCCGCAGACGAACACCGUCACGACCACGCUCAUGCUCGGGCUCGUCAAGGCCGUCCACCUCCGCCGCGACAUGCUCACCUCCCGCGGCCUCGCCGACGCCGCCAAGCUCCAGAUGGUCGGCAAGAUGGGCGACAUCACCUACGCCCGCCAGACCCAGCUCUACCGCAUACCCCGCCCCGACUGGUCCGUCGAGACCGUCCGCGAGGCCGCCCUCCACCCCCAGCUCAACGUGAAGACGGAGCACGGGGCGGGCGAGGCGACGAAGGCGUGAGCGACCGGCGUGUGCGAGCUUCAUAGACGCGGUGUAGGAGGACUUGGUGAUACCCCACACGACCCUUGUGUAUGCGCUGCUAGACCGAGUGUAGAAUUCCAAUACUGUAUUCCGAUUUGAUGUGCUCACUGGGUCCAGUUGUAGUAGGCGGAAGAUGCGUAUACGCGUGCGGCCACCCAGAUGAGGGAGG